AUGUGCUUCUACCGAUCAACCAUCUACCAGUGCAAGCAUGUUGAGUUCCGGCAAAAAGUCGCAGACUGCAAGGAGCAGCAUGAAUUCCUGGCUGGAAAGCGUCAACGGUACUGUACUGAGCGCCGAAUCCACUCCAUCCAAUGUGUACGGGUUGAGUCUAAGUGCGCCAACUGCUUGAAACUGGACGAGCUCCAAUCUCGAGUCAAAAACACUCUCGAAAAUCUGAAGAAGCGAAAAGAUCCCAAGACAGACGAGUGUUCCUCGACGCUUGAUUGUUCAGAUGCUUCAUUACUUUAG